GCCAGGAGCGACGCGUGCAUGUAAAUGGUCCAUUCCAACUGGCCAAUAUCUUUUAGUGGCUAGGCCGUCUUUUGAGAGGACGAAGGAGAAGUUCCAGUGAGGCCGCUACCGGCAAGACCUCUCGCCAACCACCUCAACGAACAUUCCACGGUCAGUACCUGCGAGGAAUGAAGUACUUUGUGUGAGGAAGAAGAAAAAGAAGUGUGACAUUCCAGACUGAUCAACGAACUUUCAAGUAACCAACAUGUCUUCUCGCAAGACGAAGCGCUCAAAGAGCUUUCAUAAGCCAUCCUCUCCGUCGCUUGGGGAAAGACGCCAUGAACCACCUGCCCUGCUCCCUCUGCCCUCUCCACCGCAAAAUGCACCCGCGGAUCAACCAUGUUCUCCUGACGACAGCAUUCAGAUAACCGGGAAUGCAGCCAUGGAAGCCCUGAUGAAUAUGCAGCCGGAGGCGAAGGGUGCGACUCCAAGGUACGAAGACUCAAUACCGAUGACCAGCGGGAAUCACGUGACUGCAGUGUUUACAGCAUGUCUCGCCUCUUGCGCCAUGGGAACUGGGGUUGGCUAUGGAUCUCCUGCGCUGUCUCAGCUAGUAAAGGAGACCAGGUUCGGAUCAUCCCCACAUUCUCAGGAAGCCGUCUGGUUCAACGCUGUGCUUCCACUCGUCGCCGUUCCGGGUGCCUUGGCAUCUUGGCUAAUUCUCAAGCAUCUAGGCAACCGCAAAACCUUGCUGCUGUCCGCGAUCGGUCUAAUUUGCAGCUGGUUGACGGUAAUCUUGUCGAGCAGCACUGUAACGUUGUACGUGGGGCGAGGCAUAGGAGGUUUCUACAGCGGCAUCGUGUCCGUCUGCGUCCCGCUCUACGUCACAGAAGUGAGCCCUGCUGGACGAAGAGCUUUUCUUGGAAGCGGAGUCGAGAUAGCUGCCGGUGCGGGCAUCUUACUGCCUUAUCUCUUCUGCCCGCUCCUCCACUGGCGCUGGUUGGCUGCCUUGUGUAUCACCCCAGCAGCACUUCUACUGACCCUCUCCGGCUCACUCUUGGAGUCCCCCCUGUGGCUGCAUAGCAAGGGACGUCGCGAGGAUGCUGACCGUGCCAUACAGGGACUCUACGGCUUCAAUUUGCUUGCGGAGCUCAAUUUCCAAAGAAUGGACCGUGACGCCAAGAUAUGCAAUAACGUACCGAUGGCCAAGGUUUCUAUGCGCGUGGCAAUAUGUCUGUCCCUACAGUUCCUGCAACAGUCUUCCUGCGUGACCGUGGUCUUCUUUAACGCCGUCCAGAUCUUCGGUGCAGUCAGUCCCGAUACGGCUUCCACGUCCAGCUCUCUGGCAGCCGCAUUCCACGUGGCUAUCACCUUUAUCUUCAGCAUGCUUACCGCUGACGUUGGUCGGCGAUGGCUUAUAUUGCUGUCCGUGUUUUUCGUGACAGCGGGAUUUACGAUGUUUAAUUUCAUGGACCACAUCCGGCGUGCAUUUGACGCCGAGAAAGUGGAAGACGACACCGGAAAGGCAGCCCUUUUCUCCGUCUGUUUCGUAGUCAUCGGCUACUCAGUUGGACUCAGUCAUAUCCCUUGGGUGCUGCUGGGUGAGCUGAUGCCCUACAAAGUUCGCUACGCAGGCACGGCAGUCACCAUAGCCCUUCAGUGGACCCUGAGCUACUUGCUGGUGCAGUUCAACUGGGCAGCCAUCAGCAUUUUUCAGUUCCAGGGGACAUUCGUGGGUUACAGCGUUGGCGCACUUCUCUUGUGUGGAGUUACUCUGUUUGGAGUUCCCGAAACACAGGGAAAGCCCCUCGCUGAGAUAGAUGCCACCUGAUCCGCAGGUCAUCUUAUGACGGAACCACGUCAGAUAAUUCAGGACCGCAGCGAAAAAAGAAAUAAAAGCGAUAGUCGUUUUUGGG